AUUAGGAACGGGAGUACGAGUCGUAAGUCUUAACUAAGCAGCCAGCAUUUGACUAGUCGUUUCAAUAUUCCUCUAAGCCGCCACGCUAAUUAGACUCAAAAAUUAACACACACAUCACAACUUCUUCUUCCUUCAUCCCCUGCCGCGUUUCCAUAUUUCUCACCACCUCUUCUUUCCCUUCAUUUUCUCUCCUAUUUCAUCUUCAAUAUACACCUACAUAAACAAAUCCACACACAUAAACACAGCUGAUCAAUUACCUAGCCGUUUAUAAUAAUUAUCUAAAAUGAACAAUUUAUUCACCUCAUCAUUCUCCGCGGACGACGAAAAUGAGCUCAAUCCCUCUCAUGUCAUCGAAAUGACUCCAACCUCAGGCGAUAAUCUCGAGUCCUUCUUCAAAGACGUCGAGGCCAUCAAACUCCAGCUCCAGAGCCUCGAUGCACACUACACCGAUCUCAAAUCAUGCCACGAGCAAUCCAAGACUCUCCACAACGCACAAGCCGUCAAGAAUCUCCGCCACAAAAUGGACUCUCACGUCUCCAGCUCUCUCAAAAUCGCCAAACAAGUCAAAUCAAAUCUCCAGGCUCUCGAAAAGUCCAACGCGGCGAGUCGUAAGCUCCCGAACUCCGGUCCAGGCACCUCCUCGGACCGGACUCGUACUUCAGUCAUUAGCGGUUUAAGCAAAAAACUCCAGACCAGCAUGUCUUCGUUCAGCUCGCUCCGCGAAACAAUCGCGAGCGAGUAUCGCGACACGGUGAAGCGCAGGUACUUUACGGUGACUGGCGAGAACGCGGACGAGACGGUCCUGGAGGAUCUGAUCUCGACGGGCGAGAGCGAGACGUUUUUGCAGAAAGCGAUUCAGGUGCAGGGGAGGGGACAGGUGAUGGAUACGAUAAGCGAGAUACAGGAACGGCACGAUGCGGUGAGGACGAUCGAGAAGAAUUUGAUGGAGUUGCAUCAGGUAUUUUUGGAUAUGUCUGUGUUGGUGGAAUCGCAGGGGGAGCAGCUGGAUAAUAUUGAGAGCCAUGUGGAAAGAGCGAGCUCGUAUGUGAGGGGAGGAACGAGGCAACUGGAAGUGGCGAAGAAGACGCAGAGGAAUACGAGGAAGUGGACUUGUUAUGCUAUUAUUUUAUUGCUUAUUAUCAUUGCUGCUAUUGUUUUGUCCAUCAGGCCCUGGAAGUAGAGAUGCGAUUUGGCAUGAUGUUUUGUUUGUGUGGAAACAUUUACUUGAGUUGUAAUUAUAAAUUUAUUUAUAUGAUAUAUGAAUAUUUGUCUGAA